AUGGUCCGCACUGUGAAGCUCAACGACGGCACUAGCGUGCCCGCUAUGGGCUGGGGAAACAUGGGCGGAAAAGAGAAAGCGCUCAACUCUGGCGCCGUCGCCCUUCGAGCGGGUAUCAAGCAUAUCGACAGCGCGCAGAUAUACCGCACAGAAGCGGAGGUAAUGGGUGCUAUCAACGCGGCGGGGAUGAAGCGGGAGGAUGUGUAUAUCACAACAAAGGUUUUCAACAUGCCCAAUACACCAAAGCUGCACUCUCAGCAAGAUCUCCGUACAUCCGUCAAGCGAUCAUUAUCCGAGCUCGGCUGCAUCCCCAACCUGCUACUCGUCCACAACCCGCACAUCCCCGCUGAAGGCCAGCUGGCCGAGUUCUGGGGCUGGCUUGAGGAGCUCGUGGAGGAUGGGACGCUCAAGGGGUGCUCUUUGGGAGUCAGCAACUUUAGGCCGGUGGAUCUGGAGGAGGUGAUGCGGGUUGCCAAGAUCAAGCCGGUCGUCAAUCAAAUCGAGUAUCACCCCUACGUCAUGACCCACGUCGCACCUCUCAUCGCCCUUCACAAGCAGCACAACAUCAUCACCCAAGCCUACGCCUCUCUCGCGCCGACCACGCGGCAUCCCACAGGCGGACCCCUCAAGCCCAUCCUCGAGCGUAUCGCCGCAGAGCUCACGAAAGAGUCAGGUGUCGAGGUGGACUCAUCAGGCGUGCUGCUGCUGUGGAUCAUGACAAGGGGUGGGGUGUGCAUCACCUCUUCCAGCUCGGAAGAGAGGAUCAAGAAGAUGGCGGCGCUGGAGAAGGUCAGGGAUCUGAAUGAGGCGGAAAUGGGGGAGAUUGAUGCUGCUGGGGGGAAGGUGCACUUCAGGCAAUGGGACGAGCAUCUUACCACGGACUUCCCCAGUCCUGAUCUGCCGUCCGAUUUUUAG